CUCCGUUGAAGGCGCGGCCCCCGCUCCCGAACCCCCGGCGACCACCCCGUAACAACCCCCCCACAUCGGGAAUAACACACCGGAGACUUUUGGGGGGAAACUAGGUCGACGGCCGGCGGCGCCCGGAUGGGCAGCUGAGGAUUGACUUUGAAGUUAUUUAAAAAGUUUGAGUUGUACAGCACUUGAUUCUUUUGCUACAUUGUGGAAAGACCUCUUCAGCAAUGAUUACUUCAGAGUUACCAGUAUUACAGGAUUCAACUAAUGAAACUACUGCCCAUUCUGAUGCUGGCAGCGAACUUGAAGAAACUGAGAUCAAAGGAAAAAGAAAAAGGGGUCGUCCUGGUCGGCCUCCAUCUACAAACAAGAAACCUCGAAAAUCUCCAGGAGAGAAGAGUAGAAUUGAAGCUACUGUUAGAGGAACAGGCCGUGGAAGAGCUAAUGGGCACCCUCAACAGAAUGGUGAAGGGGAGCCUGUCACACUAUUUGAAGUGGUGAAAUUGGGGAAAAGUGCAAUGCAGUCUGUGGUGGAUGACUGGAUUGAAUCAUAUAAACAAGACAGGGACAUCGCACUUCUGGAUUUGAUCAACUUUUUUAUCCAGUGUUCAGGAUGUCGAGGUACUGUGAGAAUAGAGAUGUUUCGAAAUAUGCAGAAUGCAGAAAUCAUCAGAAAAAUGACUGAAGAAUUUGAUGAGGACAGUGGUGAUUAUCCCCUUACCAUGCCUGGACCUCAAUGGAAAAAAUUUCGUUCAAACUUUUGUGAAUUUAUUGGAGUCCUGAUUCGACAAUGUCAGUAUAGCAUAAUUUAUGAUGAGUAUAUGAUGGACACAGUAAUUUCCCUUUUGACUGGUUUGUCAGACUCCCAGGUCAGAGCUUUUAGGCAUACAAGUACCCUUGCUGCCAUGAAGCUCAUGACUGCGUUGGUGAAUGUUGCCUUAAACCUCAGUAUUCAUCAGGAUAACACACAAAGACAAUAUGAAGCUGAGAGAAAUAAAAUGAUUGGGAAGAGAGCCAAUGAAAGGUUGGAGUUACUUCUUCAGAAACGCAAAGAGCUACAGGAAAACCAGGAUGAAAUUGAAAAUAUGAUGAAUUCUAUUUUUAAGGGUAUAUUUGUUCAUAGAUACCGUGAUGCUAUUGCUGAGAUUAGAGCCAUUUGUAUUGAAGAAAUUGGAGUAUGGAUGAAAAUGUAUAGUGAUGCCUUCCUAAAUGACAGUUACCUAAAAUAUGUUGGCUGGACUCUUCAUGAUAGGCAAGGAGAAGUCAGACUGAAAUGUUUGAAAGCUCUACAAAGUCUAUAUACCAAUAGAGAAUUAUUCCCCAAGUUGGAGUUAUUCACUAACCGAUUCAAGGAUCGCAUUGUAUCAAUGACACUUGAUAAGGAAUAUGAUGUUGCUGUGGAAGCUAUUCGAUUGGUUACUCUGAUACUUCAUGGAAGUGAAGAAGCUCUUUCCAAUGAAGACUGUGAAAAUGUUUACCACUUGGUGUACUCAGCACAUCGCCCUGUUGCUGUGGCAGCUGGAGAAUUCCUUCACAAAAAGCUGUUUAGCAGACAUGAUCCACAAGCAGAAGAAGCAUUAGCAAAGAGGAGGGGAAGGAAUAGUCCAAAUGGGAACCUCAUUAGAAUGCUGGUUCUUUUCUUUCUUGAAAGUGAGUUACAUGAACAUGCAGCCUACUUGGUGGACAGUUUGUGGGAGAGCUCUCAAGAACUAUUGAAAGACUGGGAAUGUAUGACAGAGUUGCUAUUAGAAGAACCUGUUCAAGGAGAGGAAGCAAUGUCUGACCGUCAAGAGAGUGCUCUUAUAGAGCUAAUGGUUUGUACAAUUCGUCAAGCUGCUGAGGCACAUCCUCCAGUGGGAAGGGGUACUGGCAAGAGAGUGCUAACUGCCAAAGAGAGAAAAACUCAAAUUGAUGAUAGAAACAAAUUGACUGAGCAUUUUAUUAUCACACUUCCUAUGUUGCUAUCAAAGUAUUCUGCAGAUGCAGAGAAGGUAGCAAACUUGCUACAAAUCCCACAGUAUUUUGAUCUAGAAAUUUAUAGCACAGGUAGAAUGGAAAAGCAUCUGGAUGCUUUAUUAAAACAGAUUAAAUUUGUUGUGGAGAAACAUGUAGAAUCAGAUGUUCUAGAAGCCUGCAGUAAAACCUAUAGCAUAUUAUGCAGUGAAGAGUAUACCAUCCAGAACAGAGUUGACAUAGCUCGAAGUCAGCUAAUUGACGAGUUUGUAGAUCGAUUCAAUCAUUCUGUGGAAGAUCUACUGCAAGAGGGAGAAGAAGCUGAUGAUGAUGAUAUUUACAAUGUUCUUUCUACAUUAAAGCGGUUAACCUCUUUUCAUAAUGCUCAUGAUCUCACAAAAUGGGAUCUAUUUGGUAAUUGCUACAGAUUAUUGAAGACUGGAAUUGAACAUGGAGCUAUGCCAGAACAGAUAGUCGUACAGGCACUGCAGUGUUCCCAUUACUCGAUUCUUUGGCAGUUGGUGAAAAUUACUGAUGGUUCUCCUUCCAAAGAGGAUUUGUUGGUAUUGAGGAAAACAGUGAAAUCCUUUUUGGCUGUUUGCCAACAGUGCCUAUCUAAUGUUAAUACUCCAGUGAAGGAACAGGCAUUCAUGUUACUCUGUGAUCUUCUGAUGAUAUUUAGCCACCAAUUAAUGACAGGUGGCAGGGAAGGCCUCCAGCCUUUGGUGUUUAAUCCAGAUACUGGACUCCAGUCUGAACUCCUCAGUUUUGUGAUGGAUCAUGUUUUCAUUGACCAAGACGAAGAGAACCAGAGCAUGGAGGGUGAUGAAGAAGAUGAAGCUAAUAAAAUUGAGGCCUUACAUAAAAGAAGGAAUCUACUUGCUGCCUUCAGCAAACUUAUCAUUUAUGAUAUUGUUGACAUGCAUGCAGCUGCAGACAUCUUUAAACACUACAUGAAGUAUUACAAUGACUAUGGUGAUAUUAUUAAGGAAACACUGAGUAAAACCAGACAGAUUGAUAAAAUUCAGUGUGCCAAGACCCUCAUUCUCAGUUUACAGCAGUUGUUUAAUGAACUUGUCCAAGAGCAAGGUCCCAAUCUAGAUAGGACAUCUGCCCAUGUCAGUGGCAUUAAAGAACUGGCACGUCGUUUUGCCCUUACGUUCGGACUGGAUCAGAUCAAGACACGAGAAGCAGUUGCCACACUUCACAAGGAUGGCAUAGAGUUUGCCUUUAAAUACCAAAAUCAGAAAGGACAAGAAUAUCCCCCUCCUAAUCUGGCUUUCCUGGAAGUAUUAAGUGAAUUUUCUUCUAAACUUCUUCGACAGGACAAAAAGACUGUUCAUUCAUACCUAGAAAAAUUCCUUACGGAGCAGAUGAUGGAAAGGAGAGAAGAUGUGUGGCUUCCACUUAUCUCCUAUAGAAAUUCAUUAGUCACUGGAGGUGAAGAUGAUAGGAUGUCUGUUAACAGUGGAAGUAGCAGCAGCAAAACCUCCUCAGUAAGGAAUAAGAAAGGACGACCCCCACUUCACAAAAAACGAGUAGAAGAUGAAAGUCUGGAUAAUACAUGGCUAAACAGGACUGACACCAUGAUUCAGACUCCUGGGCCCCUGCCAGCACCACAGCUCACUUCCACUGUACUGCGGGAGAAUAGUAGGCCCGUGGGAGAACAGAUUCAGGAACCUGAGUCUGAACAUGGUUCUGAACCUGACUUUUUACACAAUCCUCAGAUGCAGAUCUCUUGGUUAGGCCAGCCGAAAUUAGAAGACUUAAAUCGGAAGGACAGAACAGGAAUGAACUACAUGAAAGUGAGAACUGGAGUAAGGCAUGCCGUUCGGGGCCUAAUGGAGGAAGAUGCUGAGCCCAUCUUUGAAGAUGUGAUGAUGUCAUCCCGGAGCCAGUUAGAAGAUAUGAAUGAAGAAUUUGAAGACACCAUGGUUAUUGAUCUGCCCCCAUCAAGAAAUCGGCGAGAGAGAGCUGAGCUGAGGCCAGAUUUCUUUGAUUCUGCAGCUAUCAUAGAAGACGAUUCAGGAUUUGGAAUGCCUAUGUUCUGA